GCGCGGCGGUGGUGACGCGACGGAAGCGGCGGUCAGCUGACGGCGCGAGCCGCGCGGGCCCGGCGGGAGCGAUGGACGAGACGAGCCCGCUGGUGUCGCCGGAGCGGGCGCAGGCCCCGGACUACGGGCUGCCCGGCGGCGCCGUGCGCGCCCCGCCGCCGCCCGCCGCCCCGCCGCCGCCGCCCUCGCCGCCCGGCUCCCCCGGCGGCCGCGACCGCGAGCGGCAGCCGCUGCUGGAGCGCGGCGCGCGCGGCCCCGGCGCGGCGGCGGCGGCGGCGCAGGCGCAAGCCCAGGCGGCGGCGGCGGCGGCGCAGGCCCAGGCGGCGGCGCAGCGGGAGCGGAACGACUUCCCCGAGGACCCCGAGUUCGCCGAGGUGGUGCGACGGGCCGAGCUGGCCAGCGAGCGCGGCAUCUACCCCGAGCGCAUCUCGCAGGGCUCCAGCGGCAGCUACUUCGUCAAGGACCCGCAGGGGAAAAUCAUUGGUGUCUUCAAGCCCAAAAAUGAGGAGCCCUAUGGGCAGCUGAACCCCAAGUGGACCAAGUGGCUGCAGAAGCUGUGCUGCCCCUGCUGCUUCGGGAGGGACUGCCUCGUCCUGAACCAGGGCUACCUGUCAGAGGCAGGUGCCAGCCUUGUGGACCAGAAACUUGAACUCAACAUUGUUCCCCGCACAAAGGUGGUGUAUCUGGCCAGUGAGACCUUUAACUACAGUGCCAUUGACAGAGUGAAGUCCCGAGGAAAGAGGUUGGCCCUGGAGAAGGUGCCGAAAGUCGGCCAGCGCUUCAACCGCAUUGGUCUGCCACCCAAGGUGGGCUCCUUCCAGCUCUUUGUGGAAGGCUACAAGGAUGCCGACUACUGGCUGCGGCGGUUUGAGGCUGAGCCACUCCCUGAGAACACCAACCGGCAGCUGCUGCUGCAGUUUGAGCGGCUGGUGGUGCUGGACUACAUCAUCAGGAAUACAGAUCGAGGUAAUGACAACUGGCUCAUCAAGUAUGACUGUCCCCUGGACAGCGCAGGCGUGCGGGACAGUGACUGGGUGGUGGUGAAAGAGCCCAUCAUCAAGCUGGCUGCUAUAGACAACGGCUUGGCCUUUCCCCUGAAACACCCAGACUCCUGGAGAGCAUAUCCCUUCUACUGGGCAUGGCUACCCCAGGCCAAAAUUCCCUUUUCACAGGAGAUCAAGGACCUGAUUCUUCCCAAGAUCUCAGACCCCAAUUUUGUCAAGGACCUGGAGGAAGAUCUGUAUGAGCUCUUCAAGAAAGACCCGGGCUUUGACAGGGGACAGUUUCACAAGCAGAUUGCUGUCAUGAGAGGCCAGAUUUUGAACCUGACUCAGGCGCUGAAAGAUGGGAAGAGCCCCCUGCACCUAGUCCAGAUGCCACCUGUGAUUGUGGAAACGGCACGUUCCCACCAGCGCACUGCCAGCGAGUCGUAUACACAGAGCUUCCAGAGCCGGAAGCCUUUCUUUUCUUGGUGGUAGCUGUGGGAGCCGCGGGCAGGGCUCGGCCACCUCGGACUAGCACUGCGAGAGGAGCCGGGUGCCUGCUGGCUCCUGCAGCCAGGACUCGAUGUUCUGGGAAAAGCAGGCAGGUGGGGCUGGAGGAACCUGCAGCUGGAGCGGAGGAGCCAGGCAGGUUGGGCAUGGCCCCCCUUCAGCUCUGUCCGCGCUUGGUGCUGUGCGUGUGCAGCCCUGCGUGGGGAGGAGCCCAGCGGGAGGUGGGGAAAGCGGCUGCAAGCCUUGGCUGACUGGGACCCUGCCCGUGCGUCCCUCCCUUGGCCUGCGAGCGGUCCUGAGCAUGCCUGCUUGUGGCUGGAAUUAGCAGGGUGCCCGCUGCCGGGGCCAGGAUCCGUCCAGCCCUUCGCACCAGUUGCUAGCCCUCCUCUUCCCUGCUGUGCCUGCCGCUGGCUCCCAGGCUGGGAAGGCCUGGUGUGGGUUAUCCUGUCCCCAAGGAUGUGCUGUACUCAUCCUUUUCUCUCCUCUGCCCUGACCCCACGCACGCUGCUUUCCUCAGGGGGAGUUCCUGCUGCUCGCUGGCGCAGCGGGGACCGUAAUGAAUGGCUGUUCUCUGGCUGGGGGCCGGGGCGGAGGAGGGAGAUGUAGGAGGGAGGACUGCUGCUCUAGCCUGCUCCCUGGGGCUGACUGGGAUGCUGUUAGACACUAGAGGGAAGGAGGUGCUUGCUGGUCCUUGUGGAAAGUGGGCAGCUCUGGGGGGUGCUGGAGCCUGGCCCUCCUCCCUGCAGGUGUGGUGCCUGCAGGAGCUCACCUGGCCCCUGGGGGAGGAGGCCAAGGCAGGGUGCGAGCAGCCCCUCGCUUGCUGGUCCCAGUCAAUCCAUUCUGUCAGGUCUGUCUCUACAGCUGCUCUUGCUUGGCUUUUGCCCCUGCUCCUAGCCAGCUCCCUGGCUGCUGUGCAGCUGGGGCCAGGCCCGCCAGUGUGCCCCCAGCCUCGCUCAUGCCUCGGUGCCCCUGAGGAGGAGGGGGUGGCUGGAGAAGUCCUUCCUGCUCGGUGGGUGGGAGCUGCAUUCAGGGAGCACACGAGGUCUAGCAGAGGCUCCUAGCUGCCCCAGUGCUGACAAUCUUGAGGGCUUAGUGCAGGCGUGUGGGGCAGCAGGUUCCCCUUUCCCCAGAAGCUGCUAAGCUGUUGUAUAAAAUGGUACCAGGGCUGCUGCCUGCAUCUGCUUGCCUGGAGCUGAGGCUUCUCCCACUGCUGGGGGAAGCUGGCGGGAGGCCUUGCUGUCCUGCUUGCCUGUGUGGGGGUAGGGGGUGAAGGCUGGCUGGGUGCUGCUGCUUCAGCCCCAGGGGGGAGAGCAGCUCCAUUGUCUCUAGCGAGGUGGAGGGGACUCAGGGCUGGCUACGCUUGUGCAGGGGGAAGGAUGCUGCAAGCACAGAAGGGGGAGGGGGAAGAGAUCCUGGCUCCCUGGCCAGGCCUGGCUACACCUCCACCUGACCUGAAAUGUAUUGUUCUAAUGCACUGUAGAAAUGUAUGUAAUGUAUUUAAACCAUGCAACCGUCUGAAUAACAGAGCUGCCGUUCA